AUGCUCUCCCUCACCGGCGACAGCUUCGACAUCAAGCUCGCCAACGGAACACCAAUCUUCCGCGUUACGGGAAAGGUCAUGUCCAUCUCCGGCCGCAAGUCCGUGUACGACAUGAGCGGCAACCAUCUGUUCGACAUCGUCAAGGAGCACAUGCACCUUCACACCACCUUCGCCGCCGUCGAUCCCAAAGACAGGAAGAUCAUGGAGGUGAAGAGCAGCUUUGCGCUGAUCGGCUCCAAGGCAACUGCCACAUUCACUUCGCCGAGUACGGGCAAGAGUGAAUCGCUUGAGAUGAAGGGAAACUGGUUGUCAACGUCAGCGGAAAUCGUCGACACCAGCAACGGCCAGGUUGUCGCACGAAUUGACCGUAACGCAUUGAAGGCCAGAGAUUUCUUCGGUGGCAAGCAGACUUACGCGCUCACAGUGGCGCCGGGCGUGGACAUGGCGUUGAUGGCGGCCAUGUGCAUCUGCUUGGACGAGAAGAAGAAUGACAACAACGGCUAA